AUGGGUCGAUCAUGGCGUCGACUAUUGUGUAUCGGUGCAUAUAGAUAUGUGAUUGUUGCUGAUUUCGUUCAGCGCGGAUUCAAUUAAAUCACUUGUGUACCUUUCAAAAAGACGUGCGUGCAAGAUUUCACAAAUGCUGAAACAAUUGCAAAUGGGCCUUCGCGCGUUUUUACUCCUAGCGUCAAGAGUAUGGACCUGUAUUUGUUUCUUAUUGAAGAAACAGGUUAGAGCAGUAUCUCAAUACACGUUGGUUAUCACCAGUGAACCAGUGCCAGCAAAUAUAUUAUCAGUCCCCACAAUACGGAAACAGGUUGUACAACAUCAACCAGUCAAGUAUGAAAUUUUCCCGCUAUCACCUUUAUCCAGGCACAGGCUCAGUAUUGUAAAACGUAAAGUACUAGUAUUAGAUCUUGAUGAGACAUUGAUUCAUUCACACCAUGAUGGUGUGGUUAGACAAACAGUGAAACCUGGUACUCCACCAGAUUUUGUGCUUAAAGUUACAAUAGACAGACAUCCAGUGCGAUUUUUUGUCCAUAAGCGACCACAUGUGGACUUCUUUCUGGAUAUUGUAUCACAGUGGUAUGAGUUGGUUGUAUUCACUGCCAGCAUGGAAAUAUAUGGAGCAGCAGUGGCAGAUAAAUUAGAUAAUAAUCGUGGCAUUCUACAGCGACGAUUUUACAGGCAGCAUUGCACACCUGAUUUGGGCAGCUACACAAAGGAUCUCUCUGCAAUAUGUGGUGACCUCUCCAGUGUUUUUAUCCUGGACAAUUCUCCAGGAGCAUACAGGGCAUACCCAGAUAAUGCAAUUCCAAUUAAAUCGUGGUUCUGUGAUCCAAUGGAUACAGCUUUGCUGAACCUAUUGCCAGUACUGGAUGCAUUACGUUUCACCCAGGAUGUUCGAAGUGUGCUUAGUAGGAACUUGCAUCUUCACCGCCUAUGGUAACACUUGGGUGCUCCUGAGGGUCCUGUUUAGUUGCUCAUUUUAGGUCCACUUCCCUCACCUGACUACAUGGAAUAUGAUGUUACUUUGUGAUGUGAGACAUUGGAAGUUUGUUUACCAAUGUUCCAAAAUAUACAUUGUAUGAGUGGUGAUUACUGAAGCCGUUGUUGAAUUUCAUUGUGGUGAAAUAUGACUUUUAUCGACUAAAAGUGCAGUAAAAUACUUUUUAUAUUGAAAAUUUGUUUUACAUGUCAGAAUGUUAAUGUAAAAAAUCCUAUCUACAUUACAAGUAGUGAGAGAGUUUUCUCUCUCUCUCUCUGUCUCGUUUCUUCAAUUACGAUGCCAUCAAUGGACUUGUGUUUAAUGUCACAAAAGAACUUACCUGCUGUGAUGCAUCUUCAGUGUCUAUCUGGCAGUGAUAUUGCCAGCAACACAAUGUGGAUAAUGUUUUAUUGUAGAUGAAAAUGACUUGUUAGCGUGCACAUAGACAGGGAUUUCUGUGUGAGUGAGUUAUUUUCAGAUAAAGGCCUCGGUAAGUUGAGAAUUGAGUUGAUUACUUAAUUUGAAAGUCUGACUGUGUGUACUUAUGUGCAUCAACAUUGUAAUACCACUUAAACAUUUUUAUCUGAUUGAACAGUGUAUAUCGAACCAGUGAUUUAUUGUAUAUGAAACCAGUGAUUUACCACAACUGAUAUUUCUGGCCCCCAUCUGUUGUAUUACAGCUUCAUAUUUGAUAUAUACCCCUCACUCUUUCUAGGUUAAGGUUGUGUUGACUGUUACUGUGGCCCAAGUAAAGAGAAAAUGGAUUUAUGUUUAUAUUGAUGUUAAUAUGCACCAAAAAUGUCAUUGUAUCUUUUUGCCAGUGAAUUUUGUGUAAAUGCAAAAGAGAAAGAAAGUAAACUAAUUAUAUUUUGUGUUCACAUGAGCUUAAUAACUGGCUCCAUUUGCUUUUGCUUCAGUUUGCAGUUGAAUGUGUGUGUAUUUAGAAUCAUUACUUGGUAGCUUUGAAUGUGAAGUUUUAUUCUAAUUUUUAUUUUCCUUUAAUGGCAUUUUUGUUGUGUUAUUUCUUCAGUAGGCAGUUAUAUAAAAAAAAUCUAGAGCAUUCUAAGUAAUAUUAUGUGGGUGUAAACAAAAGCAGCCUUGACAUAUAAAAUGGGAAACAGUAGAAAUGUAUGUGGGGUCAUUUCAAAAUUUCCAGGCAGUAAGUGAGACAUGUUGUGAACAGAGUAUUUCCUUUUAAUCUGUUGACAAGACAGUGUACUAGGAGACAAGCCUUUUCCUCAAGCAGUUUUUGUAGUUUCAGAAUAAAGAACAUGUUGUUUGUCAUCUA